AUGCUCGAGGUCCUGACUAAGCUGCACGCCUGCGGCUACUCAUACAACGACCUGAAGCCUGAGCAGCUGCUGCACAAUCCCGGCGCCGCGGCGGCCGGGGGCCCGGCGGUUAUGAUGGUGGACUUUGGGGCGGUGACGCAAAUCGGGGACAUGAAGCGGCUGGGCAACACGUGGCGCUACAGCGCCCCCGAGGCCCAGAAGCGCAUGGCAUCCGGCCAGUUCGAGGUCGAGGCCACCUUUGGCGAGGCCUUCGACACCUGGACGCUCUGCAUGACCCUGGCCGUCAUCGCCCUCGGCGGCAGCAAUCCCUACCUGCCCACCCCCCAGCAGGCCGCGGCGCCCGCGCCCUACCCCCACGUGCCCGGCUGCUCCUGGAGCCCCCACAUGGCCAGGAACAUAAUCGAGGACCCCUGGUGCUUCGAGCGGGCAGAGGGAUGGGACCUGCUGCCGGAAGAUCUGCAGGCGUUUUUGCACUGGGGGUUGCGCCCGGAGCCGCGGACGCGCGCCACAUUGGCGCAGCUCGCAGGCACCAACUGGGGCCGCGCGGCGCUCGCGCUUGGCGGCGGCAGCAGCGGCGGCGGCAGCGGCGGCGUGCAGCAGCAGGUGGUGGCGGCGGGCGCGGCGCCGCCGCCGCUGCUGUUGAUCCCGGGGGACGCGGCGGCCGCGCCGCCGCAGCAGCAGCCGCGGCCGCGGCCGCUGCACCACCAGCAGCAGCUGCUCGCGCAGCAGAUGCACCACCUGCACCGGCUGCAGGAGCAGGAGGCGCUCGCGCUCUGCAUCGCGGGCGCCGCCGCCGCCACUGGCCCCGACGCCUCGGGCCCCCCGCCCCUCCCCGCCACCGCCGCCGUCGUGGCAACUCCGCUACACGCAGCCCAGGAGACCGUCUCGUCCCCCACGGCCGGCGGCGCCGCGCCCGGCGUGCGCCGCGCCGAGCUCUGGGCGCGCGUCGGGCAGCUCGAGGCCGAGGUCGCCGCCAGCGCGCGCCGCGCGAGCCGCCACAGCGAGGUGCACAGGAUCGAGAACCAGGUGCUGCUCACGACUUUGAACAUGAUGGAGCGACAGCUGGAGCUGACCGAGACGCGGCUCGCUGAGUCGGCGGAGCGCGAGGAGGCGCUGCGCGCAGACGCGCGCCGCCUGCGCCGCGAGCACGACGACGCGCGCCGCCGCCUCGCGCGGCGGCACGCGGCCGCGGCGGAGCAGGCGGCGGCGCUGUUCGAGGCGGUGCAAAAGGAGGAGCGGCGGGGGAAGGAGGAGCGGCGGGCGGCACGGAUGGUAGAGGGGGAGUUGCAGGAGGAGCUGAGGAUGUUGGCGGCAGAG